AAAACUGUGGAUAUGUUGAUGGCUGGGACUGUGUGUGUCGCAACUAUCAUCCUCAUUUUUGGUGCUGGGAGUCAAGCUCUGGAUCUCCUCAAAGCAUCUUCCGUUUCAGGAGAUUCUCCCUUCACUCCCGAAGUGCACUGCUGGUGUUCCAGCUACCCCAACAUGACGUUUUGCUCCUGGCCGGAAGCAAAACGUCCAACGCAGUACAUCGCCACCUACAGCGAGCGAGACGGUGACUCUGACCCAAAGACGUGCCACCUGGACCCACCCGGCUCUUCACCCUCCGCUCUGACCACAGAACCUCUGCAGCUCUGGCACUGUCACUUGCCCAACCUGAAACUUCUCACUGAAUACAUUCUCAACAUCACAGCGGUUCAUUCCGGGGGAAGCAGCUUUCAUCUCACAAGUUUCAUGCUGGAGGACAUUGUGAAACCAGAUCCUCCUGUCGAUGUCCGGGUUUCCCCUCUCACUACCAAAAACCUGCUGGUGGAGUGGUCUCCUCCUCCCACCUGGACGAGCACGGACAUCUUCCCUCUGAAGUACCAGAUACUGUACCAGUGGGAAAUCAGGGGCAGCCCAAAGUUUAUCAACCUGGGUCCGUUUGAGAACACCAAGGCCGAGCUGAAGGGGCUGAUCCCAGGCAGGACCUACCAGUUCCAGGUGUGCGCUAAGGAAAUCCUGGGCCUGGGGCAGUGCAGCGACUGGAGUUCCCCUAUAAAAAUCACAACACCGACAACAAAACUAUAGGAACUUUCCCUGGCUUUCAUUUUCAUGCAGGCAGAUUGCUGCAAACUGACAUGCAAGAAAAUAUUCUGUUCUUUAUUUAUGACCAGAGCUGUAGAAACAACGCAACUGAGAGUUGUUGAUGUUCCGUUUUAUUUAUGCU